AUGGGGGGUCUCAAUCUAAGCUUUGCGCAACAACAACCUCCCCCGGGCCUCCUCUCCCCUUCGCACUCACACUCACACCCAGUCCUGCACCACCCCGUCCCUAAAAAGAACAUCCCCCUCCUCCGCAGCAGCAGCAGUAACCUGCCCAUCGUGCCUUGUCCUGAAUCGCUCUUCCUCGCGCUCAAACACACCGCCGCAACCACCACCACCACAAGGAUGAAUCAAGACCAUAGCCAAUUCCCAAAACACCCUGAGCAGCAGUCGCAAUCCCCGACACCUCCGCCUCCCCCAGCAGCGUCACGGAAACGGUCCCCGAGCCUCGCCUUCGCCGGCGCCUCCCCGCCGUCCUCCCGUCCGCCGUCGCGGUCGCACACAGCGCGGCGGGUGCGCGCCAAGCGCGCGGUCGAGCGGCCCCCAUGGGUCACGGAGAAGGAGGGCAGCAUUGGGCUGGCGGAGCGCAUGGGGGAUGUAUUAGUUGACGUGCUAUGGCCCGGGACAGACCAGAUGGACGUGGGGAGGAGGAUAGGGGGGUUGAGAGGGAGAGGGGGGGUUACGGUGUUGGCAUUUUUGGGGUGUACGCUGGAGCAUUUGGUGGGGCUUGGGCAUGUCGCGGCGCUACUGGCGAGUGGUGGGGCGGACGUGUUUGGUGUUUCGCUGAGUGCGCCGCCGCCGGGCACGUCGACGCUGCCGAUUAUUCAUGAUGUGACGAGGGCGCUGACGAUGGCGCUGGGGCUGCUGCAUCCGCUGGGCGGGGGGCGGCAGGCGCUGGACGCGAUUGUGGUGCUGGAUCGGGACUCGUUGAGGAGGAUGGUGCUGCCUGUGGGGUGGGGGCCGAGACUGGCGCCCGGGCAGCGCGAUGAGGAGAAUGGCGAUGGUGUGAGUAGUGUGGUGGGGAGGUGUGUGAAAGGCGUGGAGUGGUUGGGGAAUGAAGCGGUGGAUCAGGUAGUGGAGGAUGUGGAGAUGGGGAUGGGGGUAGAGGUCGUUGGGGUGGCCGUAUGA